AGUUAGAAAAGGCGGCGUGCCCAUAGAAAAAGAAAGGGCAAGUGAAAGCAUUCAUCGCGAAACAAGGGAACCUAAGCAGCUGUCAGCGGUUUCCCACUGCCGCCGCGCACUUCACUUCUGCAAUCAUCAGGGCAUCUUCUGCGAAUAAAUGCUUGGAUUUGAUUAUGAGUCAAACCUUGAGUUCGUUAUUAUAUCAAGAUUUUGCUUUUUGUUUUUUCUAUUUAGCUUUUGUAGUCUUCUAAAUUUCUGAGGAAAUUUUCCGAUUAUAAUCUGCACUUGGGGUUGUAAUUUCGUAUUAUUAUUUUUUUUUCAGCAUUUUUUUCAUUUUGCCCCUAUCCCCCUCUAAUAUAUAAAAUUAGCUGUAGGGUUUCCUCUGAUUUCAAGUUUUCAGCUCGGAAUUGUGGUUUUACAUUCGUUUAAUUUGAAGAAUACUUUUUUGUGGAUUGAGUUUCGCAGUAUUCUCUUUCCACCUGACCUGACCACUGUGGUAUUAUGUCUAUUUUAUUUUCAGCAUUUUUGUCUUUUGUGUGGUUAAGCAAUUGAGUUAUAUUAUGUUGGAAUAGGAGGAAAGAAGAGCAAAAAGAUUGACAAGAAGUGUGCAUGCACCAUUUGCUCACUCCUAUCCUGGCCCUAACUUCUUCACUGAGUUUUGUUUGCAGAUAUACUAUCUGAUACUAUGCUAUUAUCAAGUUUCUAAUUAGCCCUUUUUUCUCAGCCAUUCAAGAAACUAUGUUGGCUGCUAAAACCCUCCCUCUCACAUCCCCUCACUCAACUCUCAUUGAAAAAUCCAAUGGUUUUGCUCUGUCAUCCCGGACCACAGUCCCGUUCCUUAAAUUCAAGCGCAGUAGUAAAACCACAUGCAUCAAAUCAUCUUUACAAUCAGUAAUAGCACCAGAAAUUGAUAAAGAUCCCACCUCCGCCCAAAAUCGAGUCAAGAUUUUGUCUGAGGCGUUACCCUUUAUACAAAAAUUCCGAGGCAAGACUAUUGUCGUCAAAUACGGGGGAGCGGCCAUGAAAUCUGAGGUCCUCCAGGCAUCUGUAAUUGCUGAUAUCGUACUUCUUUCCUGUGUUGGCCUCCGUAUUGUAUUCGUGCAUGGAGGUGGGCCUGAGAUCAACCAGUGGCUUGGCAGACUUAAUAUCCAGCCAAACUUCCUCAACGGCCUCCGAGUCACAGAUGCAUCAACCAUGGAAAUUGUGUCAAUGGUUUUAGUCGGUAAAGUCAAUAAACAUCUUGUAGCACUGAUCAACAAGGCUGGUGCAACUGCAGUUGGGUUAUCAGGAAUUGAUGGGCGGCUUUUGAUGGCUCGGCCAUCUCCCAAUUCCUCACAGCUUGGGUUUGUUGGGGACAUUGCCAGCGUUGACCCGACAAUACUCCGCCCCCUCGUUGAUAAUAACCAUAUCCCAGUGAUUGCCUCUGUGGCAGCUGAUGUGACGGGGCAAUCAUAUAACAUUAAUGCAGACACUGCAGCGGGUGAGCUGGCAGCUGCAUUGGGGGCCGAGAAGUUGAUACUGUUGACGGAUGUCGCGGGGAUCCUAGAGGACCGGAAUGAUCCUGAGAGUUUGGUGAAGCAAAUCGACAUUAAAGGGGUGAAAAAGAUGAUGGAGGAUGGAAAGAUUGCUGGUGGGAUGAUCCCUAAGGUCAAUUGCUGCCUGAGGUCUCUAGCUCAAGGGGUUCGGACAACUAGUAUCAUAGAUGGGCGGUUGAAGCAUUCUCUGCUCCUCGAGAUCCUCACUGAUGAAGGAGCUGGAACAAUGAUCACUGGAUAAAUAAUGCCUGGUAAAAUAACAAUGCCGCUGUUUUUAUAAUUAAUCUUUUCGUGUUGUGUUUUCCAGUUCUUAUAUUGUGACAGAUCUUUUGGAAUCGAUGCUAAUUUUGGAGUACUAGUGAAGUUAUGGAGUUUCAUGUGUUCUGAUUUUA